AUGGAGAGCAGAGAUAUUGUGCUGAAUGAUGGAUUUCAAUUCUUUGAUAAAAAACCACUAAUCAUAAAAGCGUGGUCUCCUGAUUUGGAUUUGUCCAAGGAGGUGAUCCAUACGGUGCCGAUGUGGAUUCAAUUGCACAAACUGGACCUGAAAUAUUGGGGUGAAAAGAGCUUAGCCAAGAUUGCAGGGCAAGUUGGUAAGGUAUUGCGGACUGAUCAGGCGACCUCAAAGAGAGAGAGAUUACAAUUCGCUCGAGUGAUGAUUGAAGCAGAGGUUAACCAAGGUUUUCCAGAUCAGAUCAGGUUCCUAAAUGAGAAGGAGGUGCUGACAUCCAUUGAUGUGAUAUACGAAUGGAAACCUGAAAAAUGUGGGAAGUGUGAUCAAUAUGGGCAUUUGAGUGAUAAUUGUAAGAAGAAGGAGGUAACUAGGGUGUGGCAAAGGAAGGCAAAUGUUGAAGUGCCACUGAAAACACAACAUACUGAGAAGAACAUUAGGGAGUUCAAGGAGGUGGCUGGUCCUUCUAAAGCUAGGACUCAGCAAGCUAGUCCGGUACAUAUACAAAACUCAUUUCAGGCUUUGAUUGAAGAUGUACAUGUGGGGGAUGUAGCUUGUCAAUUUGGUGGCAAUGAAGGUGGGAGGGUGGAAGGCCCUCCAGAGGGCAAUGAGUAA